AUGACAACAGACCCAGCGUAUCUCGAAAAGUGUCGCAAAGACCUGACGAAACGUUGGAGUGAUCUAACAUCGUUUGUUAGCGACGCAAUUCGCGAGAAAUGGCUAGCCAUGAUCGACGAACGAUACGCUCCGCGACCGUUCCACGGCUUGGCACAUUUGGAACACAUGAUGCAAUUGUUUGAUGAGCACAAGGAUUCACUCAAGGACAGAUAUGCCGUCGCUUUUGCUAUAUUCUUCAAACAGUAGGUCUUGAAUUUUAGUUUUGAAGAAAAUGCCACAGGGGGACCAAGCUGAAUUUUUUUUUGCAAAAAAAAAUUUUUUUUCGAAAAUUUUAAAUAAAAAAAAUAUUCUUUUAUAAAACCUACAAUUCAUAAUUACUUAUUAAGAAUAUCUUGUAAAUCCGUAUUUCACCUCAAAAUAAAAAUAAAGUUAUAUUAUUAUAGCUUGGAAUACGAUCCAUUGAACGCUGAAGAAGCCGAACGGAACGAAGAAAGGCUACGUGAAUUUGCUGCGGAAACAACAUUUGAUCAAGUAGGUUUUUGAUUACAUACUAUUAAAAUAUUAACCUUCAUUUUAUUAUAGACAAAUUCGAAGUUUUUGACAAGAUAAAUAAAAUUUUAGGCAACUUUAUCAAACCCCAAAAAAUAUUUUAAAAAAUUAAAAAAAGUUAAAUUCCGUUUUAAAAAUUGUUAAAAUUUUCAGUUUUUUAUUGAUAAAAACUCGAAAAAUGACAAUUUGAGUAAUGAUUACCUCGUUGCUAACUUUUUUGCCAAGUUUUUCUCUACAACAGUAACUUGGUCAGAACUUGUUUCUUGGUCUGAUAAAGCUUGUUUUUAACGUAAAAUAGAAAGUUGAAAUUAGUUUUUGUUAUUUUAUUGUUAUUCUUCAACGUCAUGAGCAGCUGCAGCGUAUGUUACCUAGUUCUUUGAACUUUGACAAGUUUUUUAAUGUUGUUAUUGUUACAGACAAUUUUUUAGAUAAAUUUGAAGAUUCCUGUUAACGACAAAUUGCUGAAAGCUUCUUUAGAGUCUUUUCUUUGACAUUGAUCAUCAAUUUUUACUUUAUUUUGCGGGUUCUCUUUAGUUUUUGAUGUUAUUCAUUACCAACCCAAACCUCUCAUGGAUAACAUAAUAUUCUCUUCAUUUCAGGCCAACUACGUGUCCAGAUUGUUGUUGGAAAGUGCGAAUAAUUGUACGGAUGCUCAUCUAACUCCAGACAAGUAUGGGGACGAUGAUCUACAUUUUUUAAUCGACUUUGACACUGCUUGGAUGGGAGUUGAUGAAGGUGAAUAUACGAAAUUCAGAGAAGCGGCUCGAUCUGAAGUCGGAAAUUUAAAUGACAAGGAUUAUAUUGAAAGGAGGUUAAAGGUAAGCGGUUUUAUUGUUUUGUUUCUGUUUUAAGGUGUGUUUGAGGUAGGGUAUCGCUGUGGAAGGAUUUAUAUUACUUUGGGUGAUAACUGUUGGUAAAAUACGGCAAUUUGAGCGUUUAGGGUUUUACUUGAUUAGAAAGGGGCUGACCGGCAAGAAAGGUUGAAAAUAAGACUGAGAAGGCUUUUUUUAAAAUGUAGUUUUGAAUUUUAGGUAAUAUGGAGUUUAGAGCAUUGAUUUAUAUUACUUUAGGCUACAGAUAUAUUAAAAACAUUUUAAAAUGACAUGACGAAUAACUGAACUAACUGCCAAAUUUUUUGUUGAAAAAGUUAGAAAUAACUCUCAAGAUUAUGUGUUUCAGGUCCUCCAAUUAUUCCUCCAGAUUCCGAACAUCUUUGCGACCAAAGUGAUGCGCGACAAGUACGAAAGCCAAGCACGAAAGAAUAUCAAAAGCGAAAUCGAGUUUCUGAACAGUCUAGCCAAGUCUGCAUAA